AUGAACUGGAUCUUCUUGAUGAGUCAGUCGGUUUAUUUUCGCGGGCAUAGUUCUCGUUGGCCCAUUCGUAGACGUUGCGAUGCUUGUCUCAACGUAUCGAGUGGCAGGGACAGUGCCAAUUCUGUCACCAAUGGAAAGAAAUACCGAUUUACGAUAAUUCACGCGGAGGAUGACUACAAUAUCCCAUGGCAUCAUUCUGAACUGCUAUUUCGGCAUGCUUUCAAUGCCUCGGUGUCCACUGGCAUCACUUAUGAUGGCGAACAAAAGAAGCUCGACUCCAAGAGAGACCUGGGGGCCGCUGGGUCCGUGAUGGAAUGGAGAACCACUAAUGGAAUCAUCCAAGAAGAAAUCUUAAACACAGGGUUGCAUGAUGUCAUUAUGGGUUAUCCCAUCAUUAAACGGCGGUGA